AUGGACCCCAGUAAGAAGUCAGAACCCCCUUUAUCUGUAGAAAUGGUACAGCAGAGGGCCAAUCCUGACCGCAGUCCAUCAGCAUCCAUCUAUGUUCCAGAGCAAGGUGGCUACAAAGAGAAAUUUGUGAAUGCUGUGGAAGAUAAGUACAAAUGUGAAAAAUGUCACCUCAUCUUAUGCAAUCCUAAACAGACUGAAUGUGGACACAGGUUCUGUGAAACCUGCAUGAAUGCCUUGUUGAGGUCUUCUAGUCCAAAAUGUACAGCAUGUCAAGAAAGCAUAGUAAAAGAUAAGGUAUUUAAAGAUAAUUGUUGCAGGAGAGAACUACUUGCCCUUCAGAUAUACUGCAGAAAUGAAAACAAAGGCUGUAAGGAGCAGCUAUCUUUGGGUCAAUUACUGAUGCAUUUGAGGACUGAUUGUCAGUUUGAAGAACUCCCAUGUCCUCGUGCUGAUUGCAAAGAAAAAAUACUGAGAAAAGAUUUGCCAGACCAUGUAGAGAAGACCUGUAAAUACCGGGAGACAACCUGUAAAUACUGUAAAAGCCAAGUCCCAAUGAUUAUGUUGCAGAAACAUGAAGAUACAGACUGCCCAUGUGUCAUGGUUUCAUGUCCUCAUAAAUGUAGUGUUAAAACACUCAUGAGGAGCGAGUUGAAUGCACAUUUGUCAGAAUGUAUUAAUGCCCCAAGUACCUGUAGUUUUAAGCGUUAUGGCUGCACUUUUCAGGGAACAAACCAACAAAUUAAAGCACAUGAAGCCAGCUCAGCAGUGCAGCAUGUUAACUUAUUGAAAGAGUGGAGCAAUGCUCUAGAAAAUAAGGUGGCCUUGCUCCAGAAUGAAAGUUUGGAAAAGAACAAGAGUAUACAAACUUUACAUAAUCAGAUUUGUAGCUUUGAAAUAGAAAUUGAAAGACAGAAGGAAAUGCUGCGGAAUAAUGAAUCUAAAAUACUUCAUUUACAGCGAGUGAUAGACAGUCAAGCAGAGAAACUCAAAGAACUGGACAAAGAAAUCCGUCCCUUCCGACAGAACUGGGAGGAAGCUGACAGCAUGAAGAGCAGCGUGGAAUCCCUUCAGAACAGAGUGACUGAGCUGGAAAGUGUUGAUAAAACUGCAGGGCAAGGAGCUCGGAAUACAAGCCUGCUGGAGACCCAGCUGAGCAGGCACGAUCAGAUGCUGAGCGUUCACGACAUCCGGCUGGCUGACAUGGACCUCCGCUUCCAGGUCCUAGAAACUGCAAGUUACAACGGAGUGUUGAUUUGGAAAAUCCGAGACUAUAAACGUCGGAAGCAAGAAGCAGUCAUGGGGAAGACUCUGUCCCUGUACAGCCAACCCUUUUAUACUGGAUACUUUGGCUACAAGAUGUGUGCCAGAGUUUACCUGAAUGGAGAUGGCAUGGGAAAGGGGACGCACUUGUCUCUCUUUUUUGUCAUAAUGCGUGGAGAAUACGAUGCUCUGCUUCCUUGGCCCUUCAAACAAAAAGUGACUCUCAUGCUCAUGGAUCAGGGACCGUCUCGACGCCACUUGGGAGAUGCUUUCAAGCCAGAUCCGAACAGCAGCAGUUUCAAGAAGCCAACUGGAGAAAUGAACAUUGCAUCUGGCUGCCCGGUCUUUGUGGCUCAAACUGUUCUAGAGAAUGGAACGUAUAUUAAAGAUGAUACUAUUUUUAUUAAAGUCAUAGUGGAUACAUCGGAUCUACCAGACCCCUGACAUACACUGGGGGAGGCAGAUUAAACAGAAGGCAACUCCGUUUGGGGGUUUUAUAUCAGUUUGUCUUCAAUCAGAGGUCCUAAAGCUCACAGAACCACCUUGUGGAACAGAUGGAAGAGUUUGAAGGCAUAACUGCAUAGGGUCCAAUUGCGAAAGUAGCAACACAUUAAGAAAUCAUACCAUGGUAUAUUUUUUAAUAGAACUAGCAACACUUGAGCUCUGACGAAUCACUUAUCGCUCGUCAGGAUAGUGAUUAUGGUCAGAGAGGAUUUUUUUUAACUUAUUAAUGAUCUAGUCAAUUGGAGGUGAAAAGACAUAUACAGUAUGUGCUGAAUCAAUUACUGACUUUUAUUUCUUUUAAGCUAGAAUACAAGAAAAACCCUUCACAUGUGGGCUAGCUGGAAAUUGUCAGCAUGUUAAAAGAAGAUGAAGUAAUGUUGCAAUUAUGAUAUUCUUUGAAAAACUGAGGUGCAAUCUUGUCUGAAAUAUAGUAUAUUGUCUUUUUAA